AGAACGCGACGCAUAUGGAAGCUGUAGAGAGGUUACGGCAUAAACCUUAUAAAUGAAGGACACCUUGCCUCAAGAGCUCAUUGAUUAUAUUAUCCAACUCCUCCAAAAUGACAAACGAAGCUUGAGUGCAUGUUCACUCGUGCACUCAUCGUGGACCUCCGCUAGUCGCCGCAUGCUGUUUCAGAAUUUACACCUCAAGACAAAGUCGAUGGAAUGGACAACGCAGGAUGUCUCCGACCUGGUCAACUCAACGCCUUUGACCAAGUAUGCGGACUUCGUUCUGAGUAUUACCUUGACUGGUAGCCAGUGCUACGAAGUGGACUUCCACGGCCACGAAUAUACGCAUCUUCCGUACUCUGUCAUCUCGUCUGUGUUGAAGAAUUUCGAGAACCUGAGGUCCCUGAACUUAUGCUAUGUUACGUUGGAAAUGGACCUAGGGACAUGUGUUCAGCACACCCCUGCUUCUGCCUCACUGCAUAAAUUGACCUUCUCAUCGCACGUUGCACUUAUGGAAUGCACGCUUGUCGCAUUUCUGGACUCAUUCAAGUCUUUCCCCCAUCUGAACACGCUUCGGAUCAACAGCCUUGAAUGGGACAGCUACUACGAACCCCCGUUCGACCGCUGUGGCAUCCUUCCUGAACUCCAUACUGUUUGCCUUGAGCUGUCGGACGCUGAGGAGAGUGUGGCGGCUCUGAACCUCCUUCUUAGCAUUAUCGGACAUGUUUAUAUCCGAACGUUGAUUAUAAAUGCCCUUACCUCAUCAUCUCAAGGCCGGGUGGUCGAGAUGCUAGGGAAGAUUGGUCCGUCGUUGCACUCGCUUCGUAUCGAGCCUCUUCCUUGCUAUUCAGCUAAUUUAUACUUUAGCAUCGGUUCUUUAACAAACCUCAAGAAUGCAGAAAUCGUCCUUCAUUUGGGACUUCAUUGGCAGCCAAGAGACGAAACAGGCGGAUCAUGUCAAUUGUCAUCAAUGUGGCACGACGUUCUUUUAAUUCUUUCCCAACUUGCGUCUACUGUUGAAACAGUCUCAUUCAUCCUUAGAAACGAUAUCAACUGUUCCCAAGAUACCUUCCGUAUUGCAGCAGCCCAGGUUCCUUGGAAUGUCCUCUGUGAUUAUCUCAACCGAUUACCUGAUCUGGGAGAAUUCAAUAUCGUCUUUCUGGAAGAAGUCAGGCAAAACGAUGCCGAGAGGUUUGACGAAGACAGGUUUAUGGAGGUUCUCAUCCCCAGGAAUCCGUGGAAAGGGGAAUAUUUUCGGCAAAAACUGGCCACUUUCCAUGAAAGUGGACGAUUAGUCAUUGGAUAUAAAGAGACAAGAUGAGCAACGGACCGUAAAGGACAUUCAUCCGAAGAGCUCUGAUUACCUAGACGAGUACAGCGAAACAUUCGAAAACAUAGAGCUUAUAAAUGGAGUAGAACACA